GGGUCCGCUUUCUACGCUCUCUCUGGCAAGAAGUUAGUUCCUGCUCUUCGCUGGCCGUUUCCUGUAAUCGUACAGUGUUGUGAGACGGAGAAAGCCAUGUGUGUCGAUGCAAAGUUGCUCACCUAAAAGUUAAGAAGAAUUGGAAACCAACCACAGAACUUCCAUCGCUUGAGUUUUUUGUCACGCUUUGCCCAUCUCCCUCUGUGGAGUGGGCAAAAUGGCAGAUCCCAUUAUGGACCUCUUGGAGGACACGCCCCUGUUCAACCUGGAUGGCCUGCCAGAUGACACUUUUUCCCAGGGUUCUUCGGACCCGGUGGAAGAAGCUUUAAAGCUGGCUUUGGGCCAGGUGGAUCCACCGAUGGAUGCAGAGCCCACCCCUGACCUUGCGGUUACCUCCAGCCUUGGCGUUCCUGUAGCAGCUUCUGCCUUCCUUGACCCUGCCUCCGUGCAAGUUUCUGCACAACCAGUGCCGGUUGCUCAGACUGUUUCUGUCGCUGCAGUUCCCACCAUGACUCCUGCCACCGUUGAUGCUGUACCUCAGGUACAAGCCCAGGCCCCCAUGCCUAUUACCAGCAACAGCAGCAGACCCAGCAGUGGCACUGUCCUUCUGGGUUCACCUCUGACUGUUUCCAGCCCUUCGGCUACCUCUGCCACCACGCAGCAGCUCACACAGAUAGCGCACCAGCUCACUCCCCAGCAGUUAGCGGCUAUAACACAACAAGGUGCUGGGAAGAUUGUCAUCCUCAAAGGCCCUCAAGGUCAAGCCCAGGUGUUGCAAACUGUAUCGGGAACCACAGCCCAGACCAGCGGAAAGGUCAUACGUGUUUUGUCUGGCACUCCGCUAAAACCUGGGAUGUCUAUAUUGCAGGGGGGCACAAUCUUGAAUCAGGCCAGUCCGGGACAAGCCCAAGUCAAGGUGAGUGCUGCAGGAGUGCAGAGGCUUCUGCAGUCUCCCAAUGGGCCAGUGAAACAAGUGUUGCUCACAUCCAUGCCUCAGCAGGUACAGCAGACACAAGGCCAGCCUGUACAGGUGCAGAUUGCUGCACAAGCACAGGUGGCUCAAGGUCAGACUACAGUUCAAGUGCAACCCCAGGUCCAGGCAGCUCAGAUCCAAGUCCAACCCCAAAGUCAGGCUGCCCAGAUCCAGGUCCAGGCACAGGGUCAGGUCCAGCUCCAGCAACCUUUACAGGCACAAACUCCGGGUGGUGAAGCAAAGCGGAUCACCUUGGUCCUCCAACAACCGUCCCAGACUAUGUCCGCCACUCCUAUGGGUCAGCAGCAAGUCACGCAGGUCCAGGCGACUGCAGCUGGCCAACAGCAGCAGCAAGCCCCCGCUCGACUUGUGCUGGGUCAGCUCCCCGGUGGAAAACUUGUGCUCCAAGGAAGCCAACUCGCAGCCCUGACCCAGGCUCGAGCUGCCGGCCAGGCAGGGGGACAGCCCAAAGUCCUCACGCUUCAACUGCAAGUACAGCAGCAGCCCAACCAACAGGGGGGAGUGAAGUAUCAACUAGUGUCAGGAGCUGGAAAUGCGGGCGGUCCUCAGGUUUUGCAGAUAUCCCAGGGUCAAGGAGGUCAAAGAGUUGCAGUGCCGCUCAAGAUGCUUCUACAGCCACAGACAAGCUCAGCCUCGUCUGCUGGUGGCACUGUCUCUGUGGUGAAGGUCAUCAAUGCUUCGUCAACCGCCACCUCAAGCACAACCAGCACUCCAUCCCAGGCCAUCCGGAUCUCCAAGGCCCCAGGGGAGCCCGCGUCCGUGCGACGCGUGGAGAUUCUCUGCAAACAGGAGAAAGCGAACCGCAUCGUGGCCGAAGCAAUCGCCCGGGCCAAAGCACGGGGCGAGAAGAACCUCCCCCGCGUCUUAAACCAAGACGAGCUUCCAAACACGCAGUCCUCCCCGGAAAUCGGAGGUACUAUCACUGUGGUGUCCACGAAAAAGAAAAGCAGUGGUGGAGGAAGCAAGAAGAAAAGCCCACUGUCUGGUGGACCGGGAUUCAAAACUCCAGCCGGGGGUGACAAAAAGGGGAAAGUGAAGAUGGUAGGAGGAACAAUUUCUAUAGCUGGAGGCGCAGUUCUGCCAGGAGUUGGAAACAAGAGUAAAAGCAAAGCUAAAACAAACACUAUUACUCUUGUGGGAGCAAAGAAAAGGAAGAGAAAUGCUUCAUCUGACCAUUCUGAUGGGGAGUUGAGCCCUCCAUCGCCUGUCGCCCUGGACGACGACAUGAUCAUGAAGAGGCGUUCCAAUCGCGUGGUGAAAAGGAAAAAGUACACAGAGGACCUGGACAUCAAAAUAACAGAUGAUGAAGAUGAACAAGAAGAUGUGGACGUGAUAACGACGGCAGCGGCUGUGGCGUCCAUCAGUGGAGGGACGGUGGCGCAGCUGAAACCAGAAGUAGAGCUUGAUGUUGACGGACAGCCGAGCAUGCAGUUCUUUGUGGAAAAUCCUAGUGAGGAAGAUGCUGCCAUUGUAGACAAAGUUCUAUCUAUGAGGAUAACCAAAAAAGAGGUGGUUCCAGGCCAGUAUACUAAUGCUGAGGAGUUCUUUGUAAAAUACAAGAAUUACUCGUACUUGCACUGUGAAUGGGCCACUUUGGAGCAACUGGAGAAAGACAAGAGGAUCCAUCAAAAGAUCAAGAGAUUCAAGGCCAAACAUGCACAGAUGAGGCACUUCUUCCAGGAGGAUGAGGAGCCUUUCAAUCCCGACUAUGUGGAGGUGGAUAGGAUCUUAGACGUUUCUCACAGCGUGGAUAAAGACAACGGCGAGCCUGUCAUCUACUACUUGGUCAAGUGGUGCUCUCUGCCAUAUGAAGAUGCUACCUGGGAGCUCAAAGAGGAUGUCGAUGAAGGAAAAGUUAAAGAAUUCAGCAGAAUCCAUAACAGACAACCUUGUCUGAAAAGAACUCCUCGGCCGCCUGCUAGUUCAUGGAAAAAGCUGGAAGAAACACGGGAAUACAAGAACGGCAACAUACUGAGAGAGUAUCAGCUGGAAGGAGUCAACUGGCUUCUUUUCAACUGGUACAACAGACAAAACUGUAUCCUGGCCGAUGAGAUGGGUUUAGGAAAGACGAUACAGUCCAUUGCUCUGCUGUCUGAGGUCUACACUGCGGGGAUUCAGGGCCCCUUCCUGGUCAUCGCUCCUCUCUCCACAAUCACUAACUGGGAGAGGGAGUUUUGCACAUGGACCCAAAUGAACGCCAUCGUCUACCACGGCAGCCUGGCCAGCAGGCAGAUGAUCCAGCAGUACGAGAUGUACUGUAAAGACGAUAAGGGACACUUGAUUCCAGGGGCGUACAAGUUUGACGCCCUCAUCACAACGUUUGAGAUGGUGCUGUCUGACUGCCCAGAACUGAGGGAGAUCUCAUGGCGUUGCGUGAUCAUCGACGAGGCUCACCGCCUUAAAAAUCGCAACUGCAAGCUGUUGGACAGUUUGAAAAUGCUGGACCUGGAACACAAAGUGCUGUUGACAGGCACUCCUCUCCAGAACACAGUGGAGGAACUCUUCAGUCUGCUCCAUUUCUUGGAGCCUGCUCAGUUCCCAUCUGAAAUUGAAUUUCUGAGAGACUUUGGAGACCUCAAAACAGAAGAGCAGGUUCAGAAACUGCAGGCGAUCUUAAAACCAAUGAUGCUGCGAAGACUUAAGGAGGAUGUUGAGAAGAACUUGGCCCCCAAACAGGAAACCAUCAUAGAGGUUGAGUUGACUGAUGUCCAGAAGAAGUAUUAUCGUGCCAUUCUGGAGAGGAACUUCAGUUUUCUCAGCCUCGGGGCGAACAGCAACAGCAACGUCCCCAACCUGCUCAACACCAUGAUGGAGCUCCGCAAGUGCUGCAACCACCCCUACCUCAUAAAUGGUGCAGAAGAGAAGAUUGUUGCAGAGCUGAGGGAGGUGUAUGACCCGCUGGCCCCCGACUUUCACUUGCAGGCGUUGAUUCGGUCAGCAGGAAAGCUGGUGUUACUGGACAAGCUGCUGCCUCGGCUCAAGGCUGGAGGCCACAAAGUGCUCAUCUUUUCUCAGAUGGUGCGCUGCUUAGACAUUCUGGAGGACUACCUCAUCAACAAGAGAUACCUUUAUGAGCGGAUUGAUGGCAGAGUGCGUGGGAACCUGCGACAGGCUGCCAUUGAUCGUUUCAGUAAGCCUGACUCGGACCGCUUCGUUUUCCUGCUGUGUACCCGGGCUGGCGGGCUCGGCAUCAACCUGACUGCUGCUGACACCUGUGUCAUAUUUGAUUCUGACUGGAACCCUCAAAAUGACCUCCAGGCUCAAGCACGAUGUCAUCGUAUCGGUCAGUCAAAAGCGGUGAAGGUCUACCGUCUAAUCACCAGGAAUUCUUAUGAGAGGGAAAUGCUGGAUAAAGCCAGUCUGAAACUUGGAUUGGACCGAGCUGUCCUGCAAAGCAUGAGUGGCAACAAAGAAAGUAACAACAAUGGGCAAAUCCAGCAGUUUUCCAAAAAGGAGAUUGAAGAUUUGUUGAGGAAGGGAGCUUAUGCAGCCAUCAUGGAUGAGAACGAUGAGGGCAGCCGGUUUUGUGAAGAGGACAUUGACCAGAUACUUCAGCGAAGAGCCACCACCAUCACCAUUGAGAGUGAGGGCAAGGGCUCCACCUUCUCAAAGGCCAGCUUUGUGGCCUCUGAGAACCGCAAUGACAUCGCCCUGGAUGACCCCGAAUUCUGGCAGAAGUGGGCCAAGAGAGCUGAUAUAGACAUGGAUUCUAUCAAUCAGAAGAACACUCUUGUAAUCGACACCCCCAGGAUUCGAAAGCAGACUCGUCAGUACUCCAGUCUACGCGGAGAAGGUGGAGACCUGUCUGAUCUGGACAGUGAUGAGGAGUAUCCACCUGCUAAUUCCAGGCAUUCCCGUUCCUCUCGCCGCGCUGACCGUCACAGCGGAGGGGGUUACGGCCGAACCGACUGCUUCAGGGUGGAGAAACACCUUCUUGUUUACGGGUGGGGUCGUUGGAGAGAUAUCUUAUUGCACGCCAGAUGUAAAAGGCGCCUAAGUGAACGUGACGUGGAGACCAUCUGUCGUGUCAUCCUCGUCUUUUGUCUCAUCCAUUACCGGGGCGAUGAGAACAUAAAGAGUUUUAUCUGGGAGCUCAUCACUCCACCAGAGAACGGCCGGGAACCUCAAACACUACUUAAUCAUUCUGGGCUUUCUAUCCCCGUCCCAAGGGGCCGGAAAGGUAAACGGGUAAAGGCCCAGAGUACAUUUGACAUCCAGAAAGUGGAAUGGAUCCGCAAGUACAACCCCGACACUCUUCUGCUUGAUGACAGCUAUCGCAAGCACCUCAAGCACCAAUGCAACAAGGUGUUGCUGAGGGUGCGCAUGCUGUACUACCUGAAACAGGAGGUGAUCGGCGAGCAUGCAGAGGCCGUUCUAAAAGGAGCCGACAUCAGGGAUGUUGACAUCUGGAUGCCAGAGAUGGAGCAGCAGGAGGUUCCUGCUGCAUGGUGGGACUCUGAUGCUGACCGCUCACUGCUUGCUGGUGUUUUCAAACACGGGUAUGAGAUGUACACCACCAUGCGGGCAGACCCUCAGCUCUGCUUCGUGGAGAGAGUUGGUCGACCUGAUGACAAGGCCAUUGAUGCUGAGCAGCACACAGGAGACACGGAGAUGGGAGACGAAGCCGACUUUGACAAAUACUCAGAGGAUCCAGAGUUCAAGCCCGCAUCAAGACACACCAAAGAACUUUUUGAGGAGGCGGAUUCUAUGAACGUGGAAGAUGAGAUUUCUGUGGAGGACAAAAUCGGACCUCCAGUCAUAGAAAGCGCACCCAGCCAGAGCGGCGCUUGCGACUGGCCCUCCAGUUCGUCACUGACGGCACGGUUAAGGCGGCUGAUCACGGCUUACCAACGCAGCUACAGACAGGAGCAGCUGAAGAUGGAGGCAGAGGCUAAAGGUGACCGCAGACGCCGGCGCUGUGAGCAGGCCAGCAAACUGAAAGAAAUUGCGAGACAAGAAAGACAGCAAAGGUGGACGCGCAGAGAGGAGUGCGAUUUCUACCGCGUGGUUUCAACUUUUGGAGUGGAGAAGAUCAAAAAGGAGCCAGGUCUUCCAGAGAGCAGUGACGCCGAGUUUGACUGGACCCGUUUCCGCACAUUUGCACGUCUGGACAAAAAGACUGAUGAGAGCCUCAGUCGAUACUUCCGUUCUUUUGUUGCCAUGUGCAGAAGGGUGUGUCACCUCCGCCCAGCUCACGGUGAAGAUCAGUCACAGCCCCCGCAGACGGUGGCUCCCAUCACCGAGGAGCGCGCCUCGCGUACUCUCUACCGCAUCAGCCUGCUUCGCCGCCUUCGAGAGCGAGUUCUUCCACACCCCUGCUUGGAGGAGCGCCUGCGUCUGGCACGACCCAGCUCUGAGCUCCCGGCGUGGUGGAAAAUACCGGAACACGAUCACCAGCUGAUGUUUGCGGCUUCGGUGCAUGGCGUCAGCCGCACAGAGCUGUCCAUUUUCCCAGACCCACAGUUCACUUUUAGUUCUGCCCGCGAAGAAUUUAUUCAGAGCCAGCAGGCUACGCCUCCUCCUCCACCUCCCCCACCACCUAUCAUGACUCUCAUUCAACCCAGAGCUGAGGUGGACUUGUCUGGACUGAAGGAGGAGGGCUCUGAUCACAGCGCUCAUUUGCUUGGGGGUGAAGCCUGCGCCGAGUUGCAGACUACACCUUUGAGCCACCACAGCGGCAAAGUACAAGGUCAGAGCUGGGGCUUCAAAAGGAGCAGAGAAAGAGGAGAAAGGCGGAAGGGUGAGGGGGGGUCUGAUUCUGAUUCUGAUUCGGACUCGGGCUCGUCAUCCUCGGACCGAUCGGGCAGCAGUGAUGACAGUGCAGAGAGUGAAGAGGAGGUGGAAGGAGGAGCCAUGAAGGUGAGAGACAUGGAUGAAGAGAACAGUCUGCUCUCAAUGACUCCAUCUCAGGAUGGCCUUCCUCCACCAGAUCCCAUCAGAGUUGACUGGCCCAAGGAUCGAGUGUUGAUCAACCGCCUGGACAAUUUAUGCAAUCUUGUCCUGAGUGGUCAGUGGCCCUCAGGUCGGCGAUACCUGCCUGAAGCUCAGCUCAACCUGAGCUCUGAAGUCACGGGAGAAGAACUGGCCUUCUCGAGGAUGAUCCGUAAACCCCCCUGCACACCCAGUGUCCUCGGACCAGAUGGAGAAGAUGGCGAGUUCACAGUAAAACUCCUAAAGGAGGAGGGCCUGAAGUUGACCUUCUCCAAACAGGCCCUGAUGCCCAACGGAUCAGGAGGAGAGAGCAGCAGCCGCAAGAAACGCAAAGACCAAGAAUUGUCAGACAUGGAUGGUCUCCACAAUUCCCUGGAACGCGCUCCUCGACGAAGGGACCCUCCGACAUGGUUGAAAGAAAACCCAGAAUAUGAGGUGGAAGGGGACAUGCUGGAGCUUCUUGUGAACAAGAGCAAGAGGAAGAGGAGGCGGCGAGCGGACAAAGCCCUUACAGGCACAGAGAAAAUCAAAAUCAUUAACAUGAUGACCGGAAAGAAGGUGGGGGCGGCUUUCUGUCCGAUGCUACAAGAGCUGAGAGUGUAUUUGGAGGAGAAUCCUGACGCUGCUGUUUCACCAGAGUGGUCUGAGACAGUUAGAAAAUCUGGUUAUCUGCCAGAGUCCUUCUUCCACCGUCUGCUGGCCGAACAUUCGGAGAUCCCGAAGAAAAGCCGGCGUCAUCACCAUCACCACCACCACCAUCAUCAUCAUUACCACACUCCAGAGCCCGUCUCCGAAGACCCCAACCUGGAUGGCGUGGAAGAGGAAACCUUGGUGUCAGACGGCGCUUACAUGAUGGACGAGGAGGACUUGGAGACAUCCCACAAUUUCCUCAGCGGCCCGGACUUUGACGUUAAAAUGGAGGGCGGUGACAGCCUUUCUCAAGGAGACUAUGAUAGCUCAGAUCAAGAAGCGCUACUGGAGGACGUCAUCAUAGCACAGAAGGACUCCGACUCGUCCUCGAGCUCAGAGGACUGACUGAAUCCCACUUCCCAAAGACGUCUGUGUCCCCUUCAGGAAAAGAAUCACGAUAUUCCGUUGUUUAUUUCUACCAUCCUGUAACAAAUCAUGAAUGUGUUUCAGGUUGUUUUUUUUUUUUUACUUUUAUGUGUUUGUUUUUAUUUAGAAUUUUCUUUUUUUGUCAUUCAAGGAGCAAAAGUUGCACCGACGGGUUUUGUUUCUGUUUUUCGUCCCAAUCAAGUUUCACCCUCUUCUCCUUGAUCUUCCCCUCAAACCUGACAAAGUGGCAAAUGCUGAGCGUUUUCUUACACAUCGUUUUCCUCUUCCAUCCAAAGCCAUGACUUUCCAUUCACAUUCCUAAAUGUGACCAAAAGGGGACCCUUGCUGUAAAAAAAUAAAUAAACUUUUCAUAAAACCUCAAAGCUGGUCAUCUGGCGCUGCGUGAAACUGGACAGGCAUACUCGGCAGAGCUGGACCCCACCCGAUAUCGUCCAAUUGGUGUACUGAAGGGUGUGCGACGUACUGUUUCUGUUUUCACACUGUGGGAGGGGUGGGGAUUCAGAGGGGAGAGUGGGGCCAUUAGUUACUGAAUCAGUGCUAGAAUGAUAAGUUUAUUGUAAAAUGUAGAGAUCGUCAGUUGUGUAUGAUGGUGCAAAGAUGACGGCAGUGAGUUAUUCUUGUUUUAUGAUCUGACUGUAUCUGUGACAUGAAUAACAGCAAUCUUCAGUGAAAAGA